UUGUCACCCUGAUUGUCAGUGGGUGUGUUUUUAUUUGUGUUUUGUUCUCUUUUUAUCCGCCACGAAAAAUGUCUCAGACCAAUUUUACGAGUACUCCCAUUAGGAAAAAGCUCAGAUUUCGCGGUGACUCUAUUCCGUUGUCCUACCCGGAUCCGCGACUGGAAGAUUUGCUGGAUGAGGUGGACGGAAAAAGUGCAAAAAAUGGCGAUAUUUCUGGUGCAAAAGGUCCUGGUGGAAAAUCCACCGAACAGGCAUCCCUCUAUGAUUUUCUCAAAGUCGAACUCACACGGGGUUACAUGCUGGAGCACGAUGAGGAGCGCUACAGUGCCCGGAGGCAGAAAAUCUAUGCCUUCAUGAAGAUUCCACGGGAAGUGGAAUCAUUUAUCUAUUAUGGGGUACUUCAGUGUGCUGAUUCUUUCCUGUAUAUCCACACAUUUUUGCCCGUGAGGUACAUCCUGGCUCUGUGGGCCAUUAUCUAUCGGCCCAUUGCCAGCUGUUUCGGUUUGCGGAGGCGAAAACGGAGAUUGCUGGCCCCAGCGGAAGUCUGUGAUUUGUUGAAGGGAUCAAUCUGGUUAAUUUGUACCAUGUUGAUGCUGAGCUUCGUGGAUACGAGUCGAAUGUAUCACAUCAUCAAGAGUCAGUCGAUUAUUAAGCUGUACAUCUUCUACAAUAUGUUGGAAGUUGGCGAUCGACUGCUGUCAGCUUUUGGGCAAGAUGCCAUCGAUGCACUCUUCUGGACAGCCACAGAACCCAAAACGAGCCGUCGGCAGCAUCUGGGCAUCAUCCCUCACUUCUGCUUUGCUCUGAUUUAUGUCAUUGUCCACAGUGGCCUGAUAAUGUUUCAAGCCACAACGCUCAAUGUUGCCAUCAAUUCCAGCAACAAGGGAUUGCUGACCAUCAUGCUGUCCAAUAAUUUUGUGGAACUCAAGGGGAGUGUUUUUAAGAAAUUCGACAAGAAUAAUCUGUUUCAGCUCACAUGCAGCGAUGUCCGGGAGAGAUUUCAUCUGUCGAUGCUCCUCCUGAUUGUGGUGAUCCAGACCAUGAAGGAGUUCAAUUGGGAGGGUGAACAGUUCCUCCUCAUGUUGCCCGAUUGUGCCUAUGUGUUCAUUGUUGAGUUCUUCAUUGAUGCCUUAAAGCAUGCCUUCAUCUGCAGAUUCAAUGAACUUCCCGUGGAAGUUUACAAGGAAUACACCCUGAGUCUGGCCUAUGACAUGACUCAGACUCGUCAGAAGCACGCAUUUUCUGACCACAGUGAUCUCGUGGCACGUCGAAUGGGCUUCAUUCCCUUUCCUUUGAGCGUCGUCCUCAUCAAAGCAGUGUACAAUGCUCUGACCUUCGAAUCCUGGGCUUCAGUGAUCCUUUUUGUCCUUGGGUAUCUCGUUCUGGUCCAACUACGUGUGCUGAAUAUGAUUGUAGCCCUGGGCAAAGCCUGUGAUCUGAUGCGAAAGCAUCAGGAAGAGAAGAAUGUUCCAGCAACGCCACAAGUGCCCAAAGGACGCAAUGUCACGGAUACAGCCACAUCCCCUGUCCACAAUUUCCCUCUGCAGCGCUCAAAGACCAUCGAUGGGGUUCCGGAGAAGAAAUCCUCUCCGGGAGUGGAGAAGAUGCAGGAAGACUCAAAUUUGGGUGCAACAGCUCUCUUUUCCAAUAGCGAUGUCGACUUGGAGGGUGUCUGCCUCAAUGAGAAUCUCCUCAAUGAUUCAGAUGAAGUCUUCCAGGAUGACUUCUCCAUGACACGUAGUGUUCCGGAUCUCCAGAAGAGGGGCAUUGGACGGAGGGAAGAUGAUGAAUCCAGCGAAGAAGCCGUUACUACGCGAACACACAAAAGAUCUGAAUCAGAACCAUCAAUCCAGAGUGUACUUCAGGGAACUUCCCUCAGCCCCAAUGGAACGACCAAUGGAGAGAGAACGUGACCCAAUUGAAGUUCCCAAGCAAAAGGCACAAUCCCAAAUAUCAUGCAACCAUACAGGUAAUCACAUUAUCAUUGAAUGCUUUGAUAAAAAAAACACUUCGUUUUGCAAUUCCUUCAAAAGCUUCUCCUCAUUCAUUUAAAAAGAAAAAAGAGAGAAGAAAAAGUGCCAAAGGAAUCUUUUUGUUUAUUGAAAAAGAAAACCCUUUUUCCAGAAUACAGUACUUAUAUUAAAAAAUUCACCAUAAAAAAAUCUCUUGGACAGAAAUAGCGCUUAAGAGGAAAAUUGCGCACACCCUAUUGAAUUAUGAAAUUUUUGAUUAUACUGUCUCUGUGUGUUCUCUUUGAUUUUGAAAAAGAAAAAAAAUCACAUGUUUUCGCGUGCAACUUGUGUUGAGAAAUUGGAGAAAUAUGAUCUAAAAAUAUCCAUCUACCCCUUUUCAUUAAAGUACGACGUUAUUCACGAGCACAACAUAUAUUCUUGUGCAAUUUCGUACAAGGGAUGUCUUUCUGGGUUGAUGUGAAAGUUCGUUGGCUAAUUUGUUUUUUUUUUUUUUGGAAUCAAUUGGAAUUUUGACAAAAAUACAUUUGUUUUCCUAAAUAUUCACCUUUUCAAAUUUUAUUGAAUGAAAUAAAAAAGGGAUGAAUGUAAA